AUGCAAGAUGACAACAUGGCACUCUGUUUUGCGUCAAUUAAAUUAAUACUCAUUAUGGUCGUUGCAAAGCAAAGGCAUAACCUCAAGGAGAAUAACAUGUCUUCCAUUGGAGCACUUUCGGCUCAAAUUUUGUUCAUGGAGAAGAGGCAUAAGGAGAGGAUGAAGAGAACGAAAGAGGAAAGAGAGGGAAAAGUUGGACAGAAUGCCAAAGAGAAAAAAGUGGUUACUUCUUAUGCCGGAAAGAACAGGGUGCAUCCAUCAUCAGUCACAUCUGAUAAUAAUGUCAACUGA